AUGAACCAAACGUGUUUGAUGAAACUGAGUUGGAAAAUGGUGAAUAGAUCGAGUGAUCUGUGGUUCCGUGUCUUGCAAGGCUUGUAUGAGAAUAUCAAUAUUCAUGAUUUGCCUAGUUAUAGAGCUACUGAUUCCAGUAUUUGUACAAAGUGGUUUGCGGGGUCUUCUCCCAAGGAUAAUUGGUUAAUGUUGAAUGUCGACGGUGCCUGUAAGGACAGUAACAUAGCUGGCCGUAGGGGGUUGAUUAGAGAUACAGAGGGUAGAUGGUUGGGAGGUUUUGCUAAACCUCUUGGUGAUAGUAGCAUUUUUAUGGUAGAGCUUUGGGGUGUGUUUGAAGGAAUCACUCUCGCAUUAUCUCUUGGAGUUCAAAACAUCGAAAUCAAUGUGGGUUCUCUUUAUCGAAUGUUAACUUGCAGAUUAUUCCAAUAA